CCACCCAGCACACACUCACACUCGGCAGGUGAACUUUGCCAUGGCGGGGUCGCUGCUGCUGCUGCUGCUGCUGUGCAUGGUGGUGGUGGUGGUGGUGCAGGUGGUGGAGGCGACGCACACCAUUCCGCUGAAGGAGCACUACAUCGCUGCUGUGGAGAUUGGCUGGGACUAUGUCCACUACCAUGAUGAUGCAACCGCUGACCAAAGGUGGCGCUCCAAAGACACGCCCCAGAAAUUUAGAAAGGCGAUUUACAGGGAAUACACGGACGCCACCUAUACUUUACCCACGCGGAGGAAGCCAUGGGCAGGCAUUCAAGGUCCAGUGAUCGUGACUCAGGCCCCUGAGCGGGUGGUCGUGCACUUCAAGAACCUGGCGUCCAAACCUUACAGUAUCAGCCCUGUGGGGAUCACCUACUGGAAGCAGUCUGAAGCCGGCCAGGAGAAGGAGGACGAUGCGGUGGCUCCUGGAAGAUACCGCAAGUACGUGUGGGACAUCGGCCCCAAUGAAGGCCCCACAGAAGGGGACCCGGAGUGUCUUACCUACUCCUACUCGUCUCAGGUGGACCCGGUCCGAGACCUCAACUCCGGGCUUAUCGGCGUCCUGCUGAUCUGCAAGUCGUGGGCAUUGCGUGAAGGGGAGAGGAUAAACCCGGCCUUCGUGCUGCUGUUUGCUGUGUUUGACGAGAGCAAGAGCUGGUAUGGAGACAAGAACUGGAAAGUAGACAAGAACUGGAAUGGAGACGUGAGGGAGAGGAGCAGCAGAAAAGAAUACCACACCAUCAAUGGCUACACCAACUCCACCUUGCCUGGUUUGACAAUGUGCCAAAGCAACUUAGUCGUGUUGUGGCAUGUGAUUGGUGUGGGCACUGCCCCACAGAUACACUCCCUCCACUUCCAGGACCACACUCUGACGGUGAUGAACCAUCGCAAAGUGACCAUGGAGGUGACCCCUAUGACCUUUGUCACAGCACAGUUGAAGCCUUCCUCUGCAGGUCGCUUCCUGAUCAGCUGCCAGCUGCACGCACACCGCCUGGAUGGCAUGAAAGCUACAUUCAAGGUGGAAAAGUGCCCUGAGCCCACCCGCCCGCCGGGGCCCAAUGUCCGCCGAGCAAAAUAUAACGAGGAUUACGAGUACAACGACUACAAGUUCGAACCCUUCAUCAUCCAGUCCAAGGGGGCAGAAGCACAAGUGAGAUCCAGCCGUGGGCAGCGAGUUCCACCCAGGCGCUAUUACAUCGCAGCCGAGGAGAUCUUGUGGGACUACGCUCCUCACCUGGACUCCACAAACAGUCAGUUGCAGUUGGCGGCGGGUCCAAAUCCCCUGGACUACAAGUACAAAAAGGUGGGCUACGUGGAAUACACGGACGCAUCUUUCAGGCAGAGGAAGAAGACCAGUAGGACGCUGAUGGGUCCGCUGCUGAAAGGCAAAGUCAGCGAGCACCUGCAGAUCACAUUCAAAAACCUGGCCAGUCACCCUUUUAAUAUUUACCCCAACGGCCUCACCAAAAUCCGCCCACUGCACAGAGCCACGGAUGUGAAGGACUUGCGCUCAAUGGAGGUUCCCCCAAACGGAACCUUUGUCUACGUCUGGGAGCUGACCCCAGAGGACGGGCCCUUGGAGGAGGACCCCCAGUGUCUGGCUCAGCUGUAUCAGAGCACUGUGUCCCCAGAAAGAGACCUGGCCUCAGGGCUGGUGGGCAUCCUGCUCAUCUGCAAAUUUGAUUCUAUGGACAGAAGAAGACGCCUGUUAGGUGCCGAUAAGGAGUGGAGUCUGAUGUUUGCCAUCUUUGAUGAGAAUAGAAGUUGGUACGUGGAUGAGAACCUUCACAAUUCCUCCAGGAGCACAGAUCCUGACGUCUACGACUCCAACGUGGUCCACAGCAUCAACGGCGUGGUGUUCAGCGGCAACCAGUUUGUGGCGUGUCAGACUGAUGUCACCUACUGGCACGUGGCCAACGUGGGCACCCACAGCCACUUCCUGUCGGUCUACUUCCAAGGAAACCUCUUCAAGUAUCACGGCGUUCAUCAGUCCGUCCUCACCCUCUUUCCCAUGACUGCCACUACCGUCAACAUGGAAUUGGACCUGCCAGGCGAGUGGGAGAUCAGUGCCUUCGACAGCCGCCUCAAGGACCGAGGGAUGAGCUUUCGUUACAGCGUUUGUUCUUGCGACAACGGAGACCUCCUGAAACUGGAUGACAUCUCUGACUGCAGGGACCAGACCUACCUCUUGCCAAAGGGCAGGAGACGUGAAAAGCAGCCGGAGCAGGUCAAGGUGUGCAAGAACUACACUGCCAGUCAAAAUGGCACCGGCGGCCUUCCUGAGGGCACCGUGGAAGGGGACCAAAUCUGUCAGAUGAUAAACGUGUCUUCAGAGGACCAGAAUGAAGCCGCCGAGGAAGAAGGAAUCCCACUGGACGUCCUGAUGGACUUGGAAAGAAAUGCCAACUGGAUUGUGGAUGAGGAAGACACUGAAGCUGAAAUGGGCGGUAGGAGGAGAAGAGAGGCAGAUGGAAACUGGACAAGUUCUGGAGACACAUGGGAGUCUUCAGAAAAUGGAACUGGUAGCACAACUGAAGGGAGGAAUGAGACCUGGCUGGAAAUGAACAUGACAAAGGAAGAGAGCAAAGAGAUCUUACUGGAGACAAAGCCCAGAUUCAAAGACAACUUAUCCCAUAAUUCCCUGGCGAUGGACCAAGGGAUGGAGUCUGGUUCUGGGCAGCAGAAAGUGCUGAUGGAGCACCAUCACACCACAGAGUCUUUGGACUACGACGACCUCAGUUUAGAGGAGAACAGCACGUUUGAUGGUGUGGCCUCAGACAGAAUGGACUUGCGCUCCAGAAAUAUCGUACCUCGUUACCACUACAUUGCUGCAGAGGAGACCAGCUGGGACUACGGCAUCAAAAGACCCCGUCACCUAAUAACACCCAGGGAGAUGCACCGUGGAAUGAGGAAGUUCCUGCCAGAGUACAAGAAGGUGGUGUUCAAGGCCUACACCGACCGAGACUUCUUGGAUCCUGCAAACAAAGGAGAGCUCCAAGAACACCUGGGAAUCAUGGGACCUUUCAUCAAAGUGGAAGUCGACGACGUUCUGAUUGUCAUAUUCAAGAAUAAGGCAUCCAGACCCUACUCCUUCCACCUUCAGGGAGUUUAUGAUCGCACUCAGGGUGCCGGCUUUGCGCCAAGUCAUGGCACUUCUCCACCACCGGGGGUCCCAGGAGAGCCGGUCCAACCAGGGGAGGCCCGCACGUAUACCUGGAAAAUUGCAAAGAAACACGGCCCCACCAAAGCAGAAUUUGAUUGCAAGGCUGGAGCCUACUACUCCACCGUCAACAAGGAGAGAGACCUUCACUCGGGUCUGGUGGGUCCACUGCUGGUGUGCAAGAGCGGCGCUCUGCAGCCAAACGACAGCAUUGGACCCAAAAUCCAACAGUUCUCCCUUCUCUUUCACACCUUUGACGAGACCAAGAGUUGGUACCUGGACGAGAACCUGAAGAAGCACUGCGCCCCGCCUUGCCAGGUCAACCCUGACGACCCCUGGUACCACAUGAGCAAUAAGUUUGCAGCAAUAAACGGCUACGUGGCAGAGACACUUCCUGGUCUGUUGGUGGCCCAGCACCAGACGGUCAGGUGGCACCUCCUCAAUGUGGGAAGUGAUGGCGAGUACCACGCUGUAAACUUCCACACUUUGUCCUUCAUGGUGCACACCGAGCAGAACCACCGCAAGGGCAUCUACAACCUCUUCCCUGGUGUGUUUGGCACCGUGCAGAUGGUCCCCUCCACAGUUGGCACCUGGCUGGUAGAGUGCACCAUCGCUGACUACCAGCUGGCUGGAAUGAGAGCUAAACUGCUGGUUUAUGAUCCAGACUGUGUCUUACCUCUGGGAAUGGAAUCAGGAAGGAUCCAGGAUUCCCAGAUCAACGCCUCAGAUCACAUGGGCAGCUGGAGGCCCCAACUGGCGAGGCUGCAUCAGUCGGGUUACAUCAAUGCCUGGAUGGGCACAGACCACGCCUCCUGGCUGCAGGUGGAUCUUCUAAGGCCGACCCUGCUGCAUGCUGUUGAGACGCAGGGAGUGAGUUCCAACCUGAGGGACAACUACAUCUCCCACUUCACCGUGUCCUACAGCCAGGACCAGCAGCAGUGGACCACCUACCAAGGAAACCACACCACUCGGCCCAAUCAAUUCCAGGGCCACAUGGACAACUCCAAGGUGAAACGUAACCUCUUUAAUCCGCCCAUAGUGGCUCGCUACAUCAGGAUCCACCCCAAACACUUCAUGCUGAGGCCUGCGCUGAGAAUGGAGCUGCUGGGCUGCGAUCUCAACAGUUGCUCGUACCCUCUUGGCCUGAGUUCAGGGCGGAUCACCGACAUCCGCGCCUCCACGCAUCGCUCCUCUCUGCUGCGCAGCUGGAAACCAAGUCUGGCGCGCCUUCAUCAGAAGGGCAUCGUCAAUGCCUGGAGGCCCAAGAGCAACAACCCCGGAGAGUGGCUGCUGGUGGACCUGAUGGCGGUCAAGCGCAUCACAGGCGUGGUGACCCAGGGGGCGACCUCUCUGCUGACAGAGAUGAUGGUGACCCAGUUUGCCGUGAGCGUUAGUGACGAUGGCAACUCGUGGAGCAGCGUGUUGGAGGAGGACUCGCACAAUGAAAAGAUCUUCACAGGAAACACAAGUCCGGACAAGGAGGCCCUCACUGUUUUUGAACCAGCUCUGUUUGGCCGCUACCUGAAGAUCCACCCCCGUGGUUGGGUCAAUGACAUCGCUCUGCGUCUGGAGGUUCUGGGCUGCAACACGCAGGAAGUCCCCUAACAACGCAUGAUGUCACCCGCAGUGCUUCCUUUUUUAAAUUGCACAUCAACUCUGCGCUAAACUUUAUAAUAUUGGAGAGUUUUAGCGCUGUCUCGUGUAACAAAUAGAACAGGGGUCACCAACCUUUUUUUUACAUACUUCUUGGGUACUGAUUAAUGCAAAGGGCUACCAGUUUGAUACACACUUAAAUAAAUUGCCAGAAAUAGACAAUUUGCUUAAUUUACCUUUAGUAAUUAAAUCUAUAUAUAUAUUAAAAAAUGAGUAUUUCUGUCUGUCUUUCAGUCGUACAUUUUUUUUCCUUUUACGAAAGGUUUUUUGUGGAGAAUAAAUGAUGAAAAAAACCACUUAAUUGAACCGCUAGAAAAGGAGAAAACACGAAAAAAAAUGAAAAUUUUAUUUUGAAACAGAUUAUCUUCAAUUUCGACUCUUUAAAAUUCAAAAUUCAACCGAAAAAAAGAAAAGAAAAUCUAGCUAAUUCGAAUCUUUUUGAAAAAAUAAAAAAAAUAAUUUAUGGAACAUCAUUAGUACUUUUUCCGGAUUAAGAUUCAUUUUAGACAUGUUUUAAAUAGGUUAAAAUCCAAUCUGCACUUUGUUAGAAUAUAUAACAAAUUGGACCAAGCUAUAUUUCUAACAAAGACAAAUCAUUAAUUCUUCUAGAUUUUCCAGAACAAAAAUUUGAAAAGAAAUUCAAAAGACUUUGAAUUAAGAUUUAAUUUGAUUCUAAAUUUGAUUCUAAAGAUUUUCUAGAUUAGCCAGAAUAUUUUUGGGAAUUUCAAUCAUAAUAAGUUUGAAGAAAUAUUUCACAAAUAUUGUUCGUCCAAAAAACAGAAGCUGAAAUGAAGAAUUAAACUAAAAUGUAUCUCUUAUUCUUAACAAUAAAAAAAAUAAAUUUACAUGAACAUUGAUUUAAAUUGUCAGGAAAGAAGAGGAAGGAAUUUAAAAGGUAAAAAGUUAUAUGUGUUUAAAAAUCAUAAAAUCAUUUAUAUUUUUUUCUCUCAAAUUGUCUUUCUGAAAGUUAUAAGAAGCAAAGUAAAAAAAUGUAUGAAUUUAUUUAAACAAGUGAAGACCAAGUCUUUCAAAUAUUUUCUUGGAUUUUCAAAUUCUAUUUGAGUUUUGUCUCUCUUAGAAUUAAAAAUGUCGAGCAAAUCGAGACGAGCUUGCUAGUAAAUAAAUACAAUUUUUAAAAUAGAGGCAGCUCACUGGUAAGUGCUGCUUUUUGAGCUAUUUUUAGAACGGGCCAGCGGGCGACUCAUCUGGUCCUUACGGGCAACCUGGUGCCCGCGGGCACCGCGUUGGUGACCCCUGCUCUAGAACAUUGAAACGGAGAGAACCUUGGACAUGCCGACACCUUCAGAAUGUAAGCUUUGUAAAGAAUCAAACACAGAUGGACGCAUACAGUUUGAAUGGUUAUUGUUUUCUAUUCAUGUCUUGUUUUGCUUCACAUUAAUAAUAUCUUGUUAUCCAUUGAUUGUAAACAUUUGUCAUUUUUCUUGCAUGUGAAUAAAUCAUCAAAACUACAA